AUGUUCAUAAUCAACUUCCUCACCCUCAUCAUUCCCAUCUUACUAGCCAUAGCAUUUCUAACCUUAAUAGAACGAAAAAUCCUAGGUUAUAUACAACUACGCAAAGGCCCAAACAUCGUCGGCCCAUACGGAAUUCUCCAACCAAUCGCGGAUGCCCUAAAACUAUUCAUCAAAGAACCGGUACAUCCCUCAACGUCAUCAAUUGUCUUAUUCACCAUUGCUCCCACACUAGCCCUGACACUAGCACUCUCACUAUGAAUCCCCAUACCUAUACCACACCCUUUAAUUAAUAUAAACCUAGGAGCACUAUUCAUUCUAGCUACAUCAAGCCUAGCAGUAUACUCUAUCCUCUGAUCCGGAUGAGCAUCAAACUCCAAAUACGCAUUGUUUGGAGCACUACGAGCCGUCGCCCAAACAAUCUCAUACGAAGUAACACUUGCCAUCAUCCUCCUAUCAAUCCUAUUACUUAACGGGUCAUUCAACCUAUCAACCCUAUCAUACACCCAAAAAAACAUCUGACUACUACUACCUACAUGACCCCUGGCCACAAUAUGAUUCAUCUCCACCUUAGCAGAAACCAACCGAGCCCCAUUCGACUUAACCGAAGGAGAAUCAGAACUAGUCUCAGGCUUUAACGUAGAAUAUGCCGCAGGACCAUUCGCCUUAUUCUUCAUAGCCGAAUACAUAAACAUCAUCCUAAUAAAUGCCCUCACAACAAUCAUUUUCAUCAACACUAUACCCAACCCUCUACACCCAGAAAUAUUCACAAUGAACUUCAUACUAAAAACACUUUCUCUCACCGCCCUAUUCUUAUGAAUUCGGGCCUCAUACCCACGAUUCCGAUAUGACCAACUCAUGCACUUACUAUGAAAAAAUUUUCUCCCCUUAACCCUUGCCCUUUGCAUAUGACACAUCUCCAUACCCAUAAUCACAUCCAGCAUCCCUCCUCAAACAAUCU